AUGGAAUCGAUGUUUCGCAGAGCCGCUUCUAGUCUUUGCGGCCACUGUUCUGCAUCACUUCGCAGGCAUGGUGGCAUAAGAAGAGCUGGACAGUUGGCCGUCCGACCUCGCGGAACCAUUGCGUCGAUAAGUACGAAGCGAGCCUCUGCCGACAAUGCGACUCUGCGGACUUUCACGACCACCUCAGAACAGAAGACGGAGGCAGCGGCACUAGGCAAAGAUUCUCCUCCCUCGAGCUUGAGACUCAGCCAAGAUGACCUCUUCCAUCCAUUUUCCUCCUCUCCGGUGCCAGAGUUCCGUCGCCGAGCAGCCUUUAUGAGACAACACGCACAAUGUCCCCAUCCUGACCAUAAGCCAACGAAGCUUCCAACCGUAGCAGCAAAAUCCGAUGUAUCUGAAGAGUCGACCGGGACAAUGGCUCCUGCCCAUGUGGACUUCGAAUGCCCCGAUUGCGGAUUUCCUGUUUAUUGCAGCAAGGAGCACUGGAUGGACCACUAUGAGGAGCACCUGAAAAUUUGUGAUACUCUUCGACAGAUCAACGAGGAUGACCACGAUUUACGUUCUGGGCGUGUAUUUUUCGAGGGCAAUCUUCCUGAUUUGCAGUUGGAUGAAGCUGCUGUCAACAUGACAAACUGGGAUACUUUUAUGUACACCAGAGAGUUUGAGGCUGUAAAUACUGAUCGCUCCAUGAGGCAAAUUACGCGCCUUCUCACGUAUCCUAUUACCGUUGGCAGUGUUUUGCACGAGCUCAGUCCUUAUAGUCUCAAGAAAGGAGAGCGACUGACGGCCGAAGGCUUAAAGAGCUUCAGUGCUUUGAGAUAUAAUUUGCAUCCUCCAGGGACCGGGCGAGGUGCAGGAAUCAACCAGCUUCGCCCUGAACCACCACCUGUUAGGGUAUUCAUUCUUGGGGCGCGAGCUGAAUCCUCGUUGCCGCGGGCUGCCUGGACGCAAUUAGCCCACUUGUUCCCAGAGUCGAGACUGCAUCUGGUCUUUAUUGGGCCGGAGAGUAUGGCUAAUCGUGAUGAAGAGUUUCCCUUACCCGAGCGCACCCCGUCGAAUCCUUUUGGCGCCAUUGUCGAAGACCGCGUGUGGUACAAGAUGAAAAUCAGCACAAUUGUCGACUAUUACCACACUAUUCACAAGACGGGCCAUUUUGCACCAUACGAUCCCUAUUUUGAUUGCUUCGUACUGUUCCACCCUGGUCUCGGCCACCCCGCAAGUAGUCAUGAAUGGGAAGAGACGUUACCGCUUCUUUUGGAGACAAAGGUGCCAAUUAUUUCAACCGGAUACACACAGUUCGAUCUAGAACGAGAUGUGGAAUGGGUGCACAAGAAGUCCAAAGGGGAAUUUGAUAUUCUGCUGGAGCCGGGCGAAAACAUCUUUCGAAGCUUGCGAUGGGACUUGAAUGACAUGGAUCCUCAAGACAUUAGCUGCGGCAACUGGGGGGUAUGGGCCUUCCGAGGCAAGAGAUAUGAGGCAACUACAAAAGACGUGUAA